CAGUAGGGACUGAGAAGGCGACGGCUGCGACUGGUCGAGUGUUCGCUCCUGGGUCUACGGGUGGACUGUAUCCGAGCCCGGUACCUACCUAGUCCUCACCGUGUCUGAGUGGACGGCGUCCGACGCGAUGACUCUUAACGGCGGCGGCAGCGGAGCCGGCGGGAACCGCGGCGGGGGCCGGGAACGCGAUCGCCGUCGGGGCAGCACACCUUGGGGCCCCGCGCCCCCACUGCACCGCCGGAGCAUGCCGGUGGACGAGCGCGACCUGCAGGCGGCGCUGUCUCCGGGCGCUCUGACAACGUCCGAAGCCGGGACAGGGGCCCAGGGUCCGAGGCUGGACUGGCCCGAGGGCUCCUCCGACUCGCUCAGCUCGGGAGGAAGCGAUUCAGACGAGAGCGUUUACAAGGUGCUGCUGCUGGGGGCGCCUGGCGUGGGCAAGAGCGCUCUGGCGCGCAUCUUCGGAGGUGUAGAGGACGGGCCAGAAGCGGAAGCCGCAGGGCACACAUAUGACCGCUCCAUCACGGUGGAUGGAGAAGAGGCGUCACUCAUGGUCUAUGACAUUUGGGAUCAGGAUGGGGGUCGCUGGCUACCCGGCCACUGCCUGGCCAUGGGAGAUGCAUAUGUCAUCGUGUACUCAGUGACUGACAAGGGCAGCUUCGAGAAGGCCUCAGAGCUGCGGGUCCAGCUGCGGCGGGCGCGGCAGACCGAUGACGUGCCCAUCAUCCUAGUGGGCAACAAGAGCGACCUGGUGCGCUCUCGAGAGGUCUCCUUGGACGAGGGCCGGGCCUGCGCCGUUGUCUUUGACUGCAAGUUCAUUGAGACGUCGGCUGCGCUGCACCACAACGUCCAGGCGCUGUUCGAGGGUGUCGUGCGUCAGAUACGCCUGCGCAGGGACAGCAAAGAGGCCAACGCGCGUCGGCAAGCAGGUACCCGGCGGCGAGAGAGCCUGGGCAAGAAGGCGAAGCGCUUCCUGGGCCGCAUUGUCGCUCGAAACAGCCGCAAGAUGGCCAUGCGUGCCAAGUCCAAGUCCUGCCACGACCUGUCGGUGCUCUAGGCCCUGGGGCCCUCGCUGUAUUGUGCAGACAGAUGGGCAGAUUGGUGGGCUGGCCCAGCCAACCGCCCGAGGUGCCUCAGAGCUGGCUCAGACUCUGAGCGUCCCCCACCUCAUGGACAGACAGACAGACAGUGCUGCCCAGGGAGGCGACUCCCAGUAGCCGUCGAGGGCUGGGCCCACUGAGAUGCCUAUGCCAGCCCGUGUGCAUCCCAAGCAGCAGGCUGACUCCUGCCAGCCCUUGGGGACGGGCCUAUGAGUGGGGAGAGGACUCUGCCUUUCUCUACACCCUGGUGUGCAUGCCCUGGAGGGAGGCUGUUCAGUGCAGUGGCUAUUUGUUUACAUGCAGAUUUUUGUAAUAAAGACUAUUUCCUGAUAGGCCA